CCCAAGCAAGCCGGGCUGCCAGCCUCAUCCCCGGAGCUGCUGCACACUCCAGACGCCCUGUUCAGGCACCCUGCGACCCUCAAGGUACCUGGGCCACCUUCAUCCCCUGGACAGGAACAGCCAAGGCACUGACCACUGAGGUCCCACCAGCCGAGCGCUCAGCCCAGGGGGCAGGUGAGCAGCUCCGGAGGGCGCCCAGGGACGUCCUUCCCGCGCCCCGAGCCAAGGGAGGAAGUGGCCGGAGGCAGGAAGCCGUCCCCCGGGCCCAGGGCCCCCGCUGCGAUUUUGCUCGAAGGUCAGUGGCGACACAACAGGAAAUCGCGCUGCCUCGGCCAGGCAGCAGAGCCGGAGCCAGAGAGCCACGCCGUGCUGCCCCAGGGGCACUCCCUGCCCCUGGCCCUCCGUCCCGGCUGGGCAGCUCGCGGGGAGCCCGCGCCACCGCCACCCUCCAUGGAAGGGGGACGGGAGCCGGGCAGCAGCCGCUGGCCCCAGGGUGGAAAAUGCAGGGCCGAAGCCCCCAGCUGAGCAUGGAGCUGAACAGACUGUUCCUCCUCACAUCCUUCCUCCUGCACAUGGAAGAUGGCCGCGCCAACCCAACGCGGCUUGUCUGCGACAAGAGACUCAUCCAGAAGUACAUCGAGGAGGCCAAGGACAUGGAGAAGAGAGCGGGCCAGUGCCAGGCAUUGCCUGCACUCAGCUGCCCCGCAGUGCUGCCCUUGGUGGACAUCAACCUCCAGCAGUGGAAAUCUAAAUCGAAUGAGACCAAGCGGCGGGAGAUCCUCUGCGACCUGGCGUUGCUGGUGGGUGCUGUGAUGGGUGCCCAGGACCAGGUGACCCAGGAGUGCGGGACCAAGCAGCUGAGCCAGCUUUACCGACAGGCCAAUUCCUUCCUCCUGCUCCUGCAGACCUUCGGCUGGGAGGUGAGACCUCCCCACGUGAGCCAGACCACCGUGGCACACGGCUGCGCUGGGCUGGGUACGACAGCUUUGUCACCCCCCUAUCCCACUCUUGCUCCUCAGGCAGGACCCUGGGAGCCGGGCUGCUCCCCACGCUCCAUGGAGCAGACCCACAUCACUGGCAUCUUCCUCACCUACCAGCAGCUGGUGCAGGGCAAGCUGCGCUUCUUCUUCCACGACCUGGCCAAGGACUUGUGCAAGCAAGGCCAGGGGGGUGGCAGAGACUCCCGGUGCGGGGCCCGGUGAUGCUGUGCACAGGGCUCACCCCCGAUCCCAGGUCAGAGCGAUCCUGCCGGACACUGAGCUGUGCUCUGGGUGCCCAGGAAGGUGCCCGCAGUGAAAGGGUGAGCUCCUCAAGCUUUCGGCGACCGCACGGCCCACGGAGGCAGACAGCAGCAACACCCACGCGCCAGUGGGCACAGACGCUGCUCCCACCCAGGCAGGCACCUCUACUGUGAAUGCUUUACAAUU